UUUAGCUGUUGAACAAUGGCUGGAAGUUGGUGUUUGGCUCAGAUUUUGGUGGUCUGUGCUUUCUGUCAUGCUGUCCCACAGUGGAGUCAAUCGCUUCAGAAAGCUCAAGCUCUGAUGAUCCAGCAAACUGACCAGCAGUUUCAGCUCCAGAAGCCAGUUCAACAGCUAACUAACCAGCAGUUUCCACCUCAGAAACCAGUUCAACAGCUAACUAACCAGCAGUUUCUGUUUCAGAAGCCAGUUCCACAACAACCUAAGCCGCAGUUUCCGUUUCAGAAGCCAGUUCCACAACAACCUAAGCCGCAGUUUCCGUUUCAGAAGCCAGUUCCACAACAACCUAAGCCGCAGUUUCCGUUUCAGAAGCCAGUUCCACAACAACCUAAGCCGCAGUUUCCGUUUCAGAAGCCAGUUCCACAACAACCUAAGCCGCAGUUUCCGCUUCAGAAGCCAGUUCCACAACAACCUAAGCCGCAGUUUCCGCUUCAGAAGCCAGUUCCACAACAACCUAAGCCGCAGUUCCCUCUUCAGAAGCCAGUUCCACAACAACCUAAGCCGCAGUUUCCGCUUCAGAAGCCAGUUCAACUUGAUAAAUGUGCUGUAGCUGAUUCUGAGCAGAUCCAAUGCGGUCUACCUGGGAUCAGUGGUGCUGCGUGUGAAGCUAUCAACUGCUGCUUUAACGGACAGCAGUGUUUCUAUGGGAGGGCAGUGACUGUCCAGUGUAUUAGAGAUGGUCAGUUUGUGGUAGUGGUGUCUCGAGACGUUACCUUGCCUCGACUGAGUCUGGAUUCGGUUCAACUACUGGGUGGAAACGACCCACCUUGUGCUCCUGUGGGGUCUACACCUUCCUUUGCUAUAUACCAGUUCCCUGUGACCGCAUGUGGCACGAGCGUGAUGGAGGACGGUGGAUAUGUGGUGUAUGAAAACCGAAUGACCUCAUCGUAUGAAGUGGGGAUUGGACCAUAUGGUUCCAUCACAAGGGACAGUCAUUUUGAGUUUCUCUUCCAGUGUAGAUAUUCGGGAACUUCUGUGGAAGCUCUGGUUGUGGAGGUCAACUCCGUUCCUCCACCUCCACCAGUAGCCGCUCCUGGACCUCUCAGGGUGGAGCUCAGACUGGCCAAUGGCCAAUGUGUCACCAAAGGCUGUGCUGAAGGGGAUGAGGCCUACACGUCCUACUACAGUGACGCUGAUUAUCCCAUCACAAAAGUCCUGCGAGAGCCUGUGUAUGUUGAGGUGCACAUUAUGGAGAGGACUGACCCCAACAUUGUCCUGAUGCUGGGACGUUGUUGGACUACUUCAACCCCCAGUCCACUCAGUCUCCCCCAGUGGGACCUUCUGAUCGACGGAUGCCCUUACCAGGACGACCGCUAUCUGACCACACUGGUUCCAGUGACUGGAUCGUCUGGUCUUCAGUUCCCAACCCACUACAAGCGCUUUGUUGUGAAGAUGUUCACAUUUGUAGAUCCAGCCUCACUGGCUGCUCUGCAGGAAACCGUCUUCAUCCACUGCAGUACAGAGGUGUGCCAUCCAUCAUCUGGCUCUUGUGAGCAAAGCUGCACCAGGAAACGAAGAGACACCCGUAUCAAGGCUGUCUCUGGGGAGCAGACUGUGGUUUCUAGUGGAGAAGUUACUCUGGUCAUGUAAAUCUAGUGUUUUUAAUAAACCCUGCAGAACCCCGA